CUGGGCCAGCUCUCUUCUGCAUCAGCCUCCCUCGCCCCACAGCCUUUGAGGGGGGCUCCUCUGGCUCCUGCUUCACGGCUCAGGUAGGACACCACUCUUGGGGGCUCCUGGACGAUUAGGGAACUUCGAGGACGAAAGCUCCCUGAAGUGCUGAGCACGGAGUCCCCAUGGCCUCGCUGAGCAGAGCCCUGCGUGUGGCCACCGCCUGCCCUCGCCGGGACCUGGGGCUGCGCGCGCUGACCAGCCGAGCCGGCCCCACCACCGAGAAGAGCGUGCCGUACCAGCGGACCCUGAAAGAGGCCCAGGGCCCCUCGGCGGUGGCCCGGGGCCCAAGCCGGCCCCUGCCCAGCACAGCCAACGUGGUGGUCAUCGGCGGGGGCAGCUUGGGCUGCCAGACCCUGUACCACCUGGCCAAGCUGGGCGUGAGUGGGACGGUGCUGUUGGAGCGGGAGCGGCUGACCUCCGGGACCACCUGGCACACGGCAGGCCUGCUGUGGCAGCUGCGGCCCAGUGACGUGGAGGUAGAGCUUCUGGCCCACACGAGGCGCGUGGUGAGCCGUGACCUGGAGGAGGAGACGGGGCUGCACACAGGCUGGAUCCAGAAUGGGGGCCUGUUCAUAGCAUCCAACCAGCAGCGUCUGGACGAGUACAAGAGGCUCAUGUCGCUGGGCAAGGCGUAUGGCGUGGAGUCGCACGUGCUGAGCCCGGCAGAGACCAAGGCUCUGUAUCCGCUGAUGAACGUGGACGACCUGUACGGGACCCUAUAUGUGCCGCAGGAUGGUACCAUGGACCCCGCCGGCACCUGCACCGCCCUCAGCAGGGCCGCUGCUGCACGGGGAGCACAGGUCAUCGAGAACUGCCCAGUGAGCGGCAUCCGCGUGCGGACCGAUGACUUUGGGGUGCGGCGGGUCGCCGCCGUGGAGACAGAGCACGGCACCAUCCAGACGCCCUGUGUGGUCAACUGUGCAGGCGUGUGGGCCGGCGCUGUGGGUCGGAUGGCUGGAGUCAAGGUCCCGCUGGUGGCCAUGCACCACGCCUACGUGGUCACUGAACGCAUUGAGGGCAUCCAGAACAUGCCCAAUGUCCGCGACCAUGAUGCCUCUGUCUACCUCCGCCUCCAAGGGGAUGCCUUGUCUGUGGGCGGCUAUGAGACCAACCCCAUCUUCUGGGAGGAGGUGUCAGACAAGUUUGCCUUUGGCCUCUUUGACCUGGACUGGGACGUGUUCAGCCCGCAUAUCGAAGGUGCCGUCAACCGCGUCCCCGUGCUGGAGAAGACAGGGGUCAAGUCCACGGUCUGCGGCCCUGAGUCCUUCACGCCUGACCACAAGCCCCUGAUGGGGGAGGCGCCUGAACUCCGAGGAUUCUACCUGGGCUGUGGUUUCAACAGUGCAGGAAUGAUGCUGGGCGGCGGCUGUGGGCAGGAGCUGGCCCACUGGAUUGUCCACGGGCGCCCGGAGAAGGACAUGUACGGCUAUGACAUCAGGCGCUUCCAUCCCUUGCUCACGGACCACCGCCGCUGGAUUCGUGAGCGCAGCCACGAGUCCUAUGCCAAGAACUACUCGGUCGUCUUCCCCCACGACGAGCCCCUGGCAGGGCGCAACAUGAGGACCGACCCCCUGCACGAGGAGCUACUUUCACAAGGCUGUGUGUUCCAGGAGCGACAGGGCUGGGAGCGGCCCGGAUGGUUUACUCCCCAAGGCACAGCUCCGGUUCUGCAGUACGACUAUUAUGGGGCCUAUGGACACCAGGCGCACGGAGACCAUGCCUACGGCCGCCUGCUUGGGGACGAGUACACGUUCGACUUCCCGCCGCACCACGACGUGAUCAAGAAAGAGUGUCUAGCCUGCAGAGGGGCCGCUGCUGUGUUCAACAUGUCCUACUUCGGGAAGUUCUACCUGGUGGGCUUGGAUGCGAGGAAGGCUGCCGACUGGCUCUUCUCUGCUGAUGUCAGCCGACCCCCUGGCUCGACCGUGUACACCUGCAUGCUGAACCACAGGGGCGGCACCGAGAGUGACCUGACCGUCAGCCGCCUGGCCCCCAGCCCCCAGGCCUCCGCCCUGGCCCCUGCCUUUGAAGGGGAUGGCUACUACCUGGCCGUGGGCGGGGCCGUGGCCCAGCACAACUGGGCUCACAUCAGCACGGUGCUGCAGGAUCAGAAAUUCCGGUGCCAGCUCAUCAACGGCUCUGAGGACCUGGGCAUGAUCAGCAUCCAGGGCCCGGCCAGCCGGGCCAUUCUCCAGGAGGUGCUUGAUGCAGACCUGAGCAAUGAGGCUUUCCCGUUCUCCACCCACAAGCUGGUGAGAGCCGCCGGGCACCUGGUGCGGGCCAUGAGGCUGUCCUUCGUGGGGGAGCUGGGCUGGGAGCUGCAUGUGCCCAGGCCAGCCUGUGUACCCGUUUACCAGGCUGUGAUGACUGCAGGCGCCAAGCAUGGCCUCGUCAACGCCGGGUACCGGGCCAUCGACUCCCUGAGCAUCGAGAAAGGCUACCGGCACUGGCAUGCCGACCUGCGCCCCGAUGACAGUCCCCUGGAGGCAGGCUUGGCCUUCACCUGCAAGCUCAAGUCGGCCGUCCCCUUCCUGGGACGGGAGGCCCUGGAGAAGCAGCGGGCCGAGGGCCUCCGCCGACGCCUGCUGUGCUUCACGGUGGAUGAAAAAGUGCCCAUGUUCGGCCUGGAGGCCAUCUGGAGAAACGGCCAAGUGGUGGGCCACAUCCGGAGGGCUGACUUUGGGUUCGCCAUCGACAAGACCCUGGCCUACGGCUACAUCCGGGACCCCAGCGGCGGGCCGGUCUCGCUGGACUUUGUGAAGAGUGGGGACUACGCUCUGGAGCGGAUGGGGGUGACCUACCCUGCCCGGGCUCACCUGAAGUCCCCCUUCGACCCUGACAACAAGAGGGUGAAGGGGUUCUACUGACAUGCCCACGGGGCGGAACUUCCACGGAUCAGGAGGCCGAGACCUGCUCCAUCCCUCGCUGACCAUCCACACAGGGCCCGCCACCCUGGCCCAGGUCCUGGACCCCGACCAGAACAUGGGUCUUCCCUGCUCUUACUCCAGGCCUGCUAACCCCCCAAACAGAUACCAGCUGAGUGGACAGAAGACUCAAAGGGCCCAUCCUGUGGUCACUGACCAAAGGAUGGUCGCUAGCCAACCCCUACCCCCCCACAAAACAACCGUGUAAAGUCUUGGGCUCAGGCAGCGUGCCGUGUGGCCCUCUACAAGCUUCCGGGAAGAUGCUCAGUUAGCACUUUACACCCAGUGUAAAAGCAGGGAGGCGGAGUUCCGUCUGGAAUCCCAGGCCUGCCUGACAGGCGGACCGCCCAGAGCAUCACUGGAGAGCUUCCGGGUGCGUCUGGAAUUAGGCACAGAGUAAGGAUUGACUAGACCUGUCUGCCAUGGGCGCAGUAUGGGAAGCAUAGAGCAGGUAUGCCAGCUUGGCUCGGUCCCCGCGGUCAGGCCAUGGGGCAGGAUGGCCCAUUUCCCAGAUGCUAGCAGGGAAGGGAGUCUAGAAAGCAAGCUCUUCCUGCCUUGACCUGCUUUUCACUUGGGAAAGCCUUCUGACCAUUGCCAGCUCAUGAAAUAGGUGAGCAGAAGCAGGGCGUGGGAGGGGUCUCCCCUUGCCUGCCCUCUCUCCCUCCCGGCUCACACACCUGCAGGAUUUCGAUGGCCACCGGGCAGCCCAGGGGCCGGGCAGCCCCAGCAAAGCUGCACCACGCGGUCCUGCCCAGGCUUGCCUGACCCUCUGGGGAACAGAAGACGACAGACGUGCAGGGGACAGGGAGGACGGGAUUCCUGCGGACACACACAAGAAGCAGUGGGGGGAUCGGGGUGUAGGCAGUCCUUGGCGGGCCCUGGCUGCUUUCAGAUGCUCACACACCAGCCAGCCCCGCUGUGGACUGAGCUGGAACAGGUCAGGCUAAUAAAGUCAAAGUCGU